UGUUCCUCAGACAUCUCAAGUGACCGACCGUUUGCAGAGGAAGGAAUCCAUACUGGGAAACUAUUUUCCAACAAGGAAAUCAGCAAAGAGGCAGCUGAUGGAAAACCCAAAUGAAGACCCUGAGGAUUCAGACAGCUCGCUAACAGAUUCAAGUCCGAAAAGACUCUCUAUAGCUGAAGUGACAGAAGACGAAACCACCUACCAGUCUGAUAAAACCAUGGGCAUAUCUUGUGACCCACAGCGUGUGUUUAAGGUGGUGUUUUUGGGAAACUCCGCCGUGGGAAAGAGCUCGUUCAUCCAUCACUACUGCAGUGGUCACUUCCCCAAUGCCUUAGCCUCAACUGUGGGAAUGGAUUUUCAGGUCAGGAGCGUAACGGUUGAUUCAACACCAGUCGCUCUGCAGCUGUGGGACACCGCAGGGCAGGAGAGGUUCCACAGCGUCACGCAGCAGUAUUUUCGCAGGGCGGAUGGAAUCAUCGCUAUGUAUGACGUCACGCAUGAGGCGUCAUUCACGGCUGUCCGUCAUUGGUUGGAUCAGGUGCAGGAAAAGAUGGCUGAGGGGGCGUGUCUGAUGUUGCUAGGCAAUAAGACAGACCUGGCGACCGCAGACAGGAGGGAGGUGACUAGAGCACAAGGCCGCAGACUGGCAGAGCAGUACCAGGCGGAGUUCUAUGAAUGCAGUGCUAAGAGUGGACAACAGGUGGAGGAGGCCAUGAUCCACCUGACCAGGUUACUUGCCUCACAGCAAGACAAGCAGUGUGAGUCUGCGCUCCAUCUGGAUGCCUCUGCCAACAGAGGCCGCUGCUGUAAAUAAAUGGAGCGUCACUACAGAAUUCAGCGACGACUUGGCUCAUGAAUAUUAAUUACGUUACUUGACGCUCAAAGGAUUUAUGAAACAAUCUAGGAAUGUUCAUAAUAUCAUUGUAUCAUUGUACACACUUAACCUGGCAAUCUGUUAUACAAAUAUGUGUGGUACACAGUCUUUUCUAUACUCAAAUGCACUACCAGUCAAAAGUUUUUGAACAGUAAGAUUUUUAAUGUUUUU